UUCACUUUCAACAUGUCUUCCAACAAUUUAGAACCUGUUAAUGGUAAGCGUAUUGCUCUUCCUGUUCGUGUUGAACCCAAGGUCUUCUUUGCCAAUGAACGUACUUUUCUGUCUUGGUUAAACUUCACUGUUGUUCUCGGUGGUUUAGCUAUGGGUCUUUUGAACUUUGGUGAUCGUAUUGGUCGUAUGUCUGCUGUCUUGUUUACUGUGAUUGCUAUGGGUGUCAUGCUUUAUGCUUUAUAUACCUUCCAUUGGAGAGCUACAAAGAUUAGAAAUAGAGAAGCAGCUCCUUAUGAUGAUCGUGUUGGUCCUACUGUUUUGUGUAUCUUUUUAUUGGCUGCUGUCUGUGUCAACUUCUACUUACGAAUGGGUGGAAAACAUUAAGAUGCAUUCAUGCCAACAUACACACACACACACACACACACAUA